ACACCUUGAAGUUAAAGUAUAUCCAUUGCCCAUCCCUCUGACUAGGACCCUUAGAACCAGACGCAUACGUUCUCAUCUGUCCACUAUCUUAUAUGUAGAUGUUACUUUUAUUCUCUGUCUUCUCUUCAGAGGAACUAAAGUGAACUGAGUCAGAGAAACAUGGAUGCUUGUUUUCUUACGUCAAGAUCAAUCUCUGGUGUCAAAGAGCUUGUCCCAUUCAUCAAAACCAGAAUCUUUUCCUGCCACAAAAGAAAUUCCAGCCAGUUUCUCACCAGGAAGGUUGCUUCUCCAAUCUCUAUAAACUGUUCUCUUUCGGAUUCAUGGAAGCCACUGGAGGAUGAUGCUGAUCUCUUCAAGGACUGUGUUAACAACAGUUCUACACCAGAGGCUGCUGACUGGAGAGAGUUCAGGGCAAGGCUCGUAGCUGGAGAGCAAGCUGCAGCCCCUGAGAAGGACUCUAACAAAUGGGCACACAAGAUCCAAGAGCCAGAGACAGGAUGUCUCCUAAUAGCAACAGAGAAGCUAAACGGAGUCCACAUCUUCGAAAAGACGGUGAUCCUCCUCCUCUCCGUUGGCCCCUCAGGUCCCAUAGGAGUCAUCCUCAACCGCCCCUCGCUCAUGUCAAUCAAGGAGACCAAAUCAACGGUCCUAGACAUGUCAGGAACGUUUUCAGACAAGAGCCUCUUCUUCGGUGGGCCUUUGGAAGAAGGGCUGUUGUUCCUGGUGAGUCCUGGCGAGGACAACGAGGUUGAGAAGAGCGGGGUGUUCAGACAAGUGAUGAAAGGGUUGUACUACGGGACGAGGGAGAGUGUAGGAUUGGCUGCAGAGAUGGUGAAGAGGAAGGUGGUGGGGAGUAGUGAGAUGAGAUUCUUUGAUGGGUAUUGUGGUUGGGAGAAAGAGCAGUUGAAAGCAGAGGUGUUGGGUGGGUAUUGGACUGUGGCUGCUUGUAGCUUGAGUGUUGUUGAGGUUGGUUCUGCUGUACAGAGUCAAGGUCUUUGGGAUGAGGUUGUUGGUCUUAUUGGACCUCAAACUGGUUCUGUUAUCUAAAUUAACUGUGUUUUUUUUUUCUGUAAUGGUUUAUAUCAGUGAGUUAUGAGUUAUAACUGUUGUAUAUGUUCCAUCUCUAAUUUAUUAAUGUGAGUGUUUCUACUUUCUAUAUCA